UUUCUAGACGGCAAGAGGGUUGAAACAAACCAACACCUGUCUGCGUUACCAUUGGACGAUCGGCUGGACCAAUAUCAUGCUAUUCCUAAAGGGAAGAUAGACGCCCCCAGGAACUCGCUGUGCUUGUUCUCAUAUCAUAAAGCACUGCACAAUGAUGAGCAACGGAUUCGCAACUACGGGUCAUACACCCACUUGGGACUCUAGUUUAGCAAAUACUGAUAGUCAAAGUUAUGAUGAAUGUUGGCCAGAUGCUCACCUUUAUCAUCACCAUCAUCAUUUACAUCACCACCAUAUUCAUCAGCAUUCUUCUUCAGUAUCUCAAAUGUGGCCGAUCUCACACAACCAUACUCAACAUCAGAGUCUAACUCAAAAUCCAAUUUCAAGGGGUGGCAGUAGCAACAGUAGUUUGCAAAAGUCGUCAAUGGCGUCGUCGAAGAAAAUCCGACGGCGCGUGGCCACGCUGGCGCAGCGGCGUGCGGCCAACAUACGCGAGCGCAGGCGCAUGUACAACCUAAACGAGGCGUUCGACAAGCUUCGGCGCAAAGUGCCCACGUUCGCGUACGAAAAACGUCUGUCCCGGAUCGAAACGCUCAGGCUGGCCAUCACGUACAUCGGCUUUAUGACCGAACUGCUCCAGUCGACGCCGUCGCCCGGCAGCGGGUCGGACGUAGUCCAGUCAUCCGUCACGUACGCCGCUCUACCGCAACACGACAUCCCCUACGUGCCGUACUCGCUGAUACCGCCCGUCUAAGCAAACUGUACGGUCGCCGUUCCCGACCGCUUCGUAGCAACAAAUCCGCCUCGGCACCGUGCGAAUACAAUACGGGUUGCGUUAACAUUUGAAUAUUGUCGAAAAUUCGCUAAAUAACACAAUAUUAGUCAACUGUUAUCGUUAGCUACCAUGAAUAUUGUUAAAUGUUGACUAAUGUCAACGUUAAACGGAUAAUAAUUUGUCAAGAACCUUUCGGAUAAUGUCUUGACAACACCAUAAGAAUGUCAUAAGACGUAACAAUUUCAAACCUAGAAUUUGUUAAAAUAUAUUUUAAUAGUUAUUAUCUAUAAUCGAAACAUUUAUUUAAGUACCUAAAUUAUUUAAAUGUUAAUAAUAUUAUUUUCUAUUGCAUGACAUACUUCCGUGACAUUUUCAGUUACACAACAUUUUAGAUCACUGACAUCGUAUCACGUUUUAGUCAUUAUACCCCCAGCAGCCCGACGCUUUAUUUUUGUAUAGUAGGAUACCAUAGAAUACAGAGUGCUAACAGAACGUUUAAAUCGUUCUAAAAGUAUGUAACUUUUAAUACUAUCCACUAUGUUGUUUAGUUAAUGUUAACAUUUUAUAGAUAAUGUUAAUAUUUCAUGCUUAUAAGCGAAUAAUUACAUAUUAGUAAAAAUGCAUGGCUAUUGUCAACAUUAUUUGAAUGUUAACACUACCCGUGGCAUUCUUUUCAUACCAUCUAAGGUAUUCGAAUAAAAUGUAUUUAUACUUAAAAUGUAUAUAAUGUAUGUAAUAUAUUAUUAUAUACAGGGCUGUUGACGCUAUUUUACGCCUAGGGCAGGGGUUUAUUUUAUAUUUAGGUAGAGGCUUUGGGUUCAGUUGCUAAGAGCGGCAAAUUAUUAAAAGUUUAAAGGAAUGACAAAUAUUUAUUUCGUAAGUUACAUACUACAUUAUAGACUAGUGUAGUUCCUAAAUAUGAACAUGACCGUGAAAUUUAAAAUUAAACUAUUUAUUUAAUAUUAUACAUUUAUUUUCGUAAUUAUUUAUUUAUAUAUAAAUAAAUAAAUAUUAUUAUUUAUUAUUUAUCAUUUGUAACUAUACUUUAAGCAGGGUCGGCUUUAGAUACGAUCGACGCGUGUGACGGCACAGGACAGGGGCGGCUCCAAAGCCUUGGUUAGGGGAGGGGGGCAAGUUAUAACUUUACAAAAUCUUAUAUCAAAACGAAAACAACAAUUUUUACAAUACAAACUCAAGUCGUCUAUUUUUAAAGU